ACAAUAUGAUAUAUAAACGAACGUACCGAGCUUAAUUAGCUCACGUACUUCAUUAUUUCUUCAGCCAGAUGGAGUACUUUCCCUCGAAUUUUCUUGUCUGUUUUGUCAUACCAUCUCUGCUCUUCUUGCUCUUCCGGUGGAGAUCAAAUUCAGGUGGUAAUCAAGGGCUUCCACCCGGCCCACCGGGAUGGCCACUUCUCGGCAACAUGCUCGACCUUGGAGCUAUGCCGCACAAAACCCUCACCAGGCUGCGACACAAAUUCGGUUCUGUGGUCUGGCUAAGGAUCGGUGUCCGAAAUACCUUGGUAAUCCAAUCCACCAAAGCAGCCACCGAGUUUUUCAAAAACCACGACCUGACGUUUGUUGAACGGAAUAUCAAUGAAGGUGCUCGUGUUCACGAUUACCAUAAGGGGUCACUCGCGCUGGCCCCUUACGGGACACAGUGGCGAGUGUUAAGGCGUCUAGUGACCGUGGACAUGUUGACGAACAAGCGUAUCAAUGAGACGGCAAUGAUACGCAGAAAGUGCGUUGAAAAUAUGCAAAAAUGGAUAGAAGAAGAAGCCUCUAAACUCAACGAUAAUGGAUCAUCGUCAAAUGGAGUGCACGUCGCUCGUUUCGUGUUCCUCAUGACAUUUAAUCUUCUUGGGAAUCUAAUGUUGUCGAGGGACUUGGUGGAUCCAAAUUCAAAAGAAGGAUUGGAGUUUUUUGACGCGAUGAGGGGACUGAUGGAGGCGAAUGGUCAUGCAAACAUGGCGGACUACUUUCCAUGGCUGAGGUGGCUUGAUCCACAGGGUGUGAAGAGAAGGAUGAAGAAGCACGUUGGAAAAGCUCUGGAAAUUGCCUCCGGCUUUGUGAAGGCGCGCGUGAAAGAGAGGAAAUUGGUGGGUGGAGAGAAAACUAGGGACUUUCUGGAUGUGAUGCUUGACUUUGAAGACGAUGGAAAUCAUGAAUCAGCCAAGAUUUCUGAUCAUCAUCUCAAUAUUUUCAUUCUGGAAAUAUUUAUGGCCGGUUCAGAAACAACAAGCAGCACAACAGAAUGGGCACUGACCGAGCUUUUAUGCAACCCAGAGACGCUAAUCAAGGCCAAAUCCGAGCUCAAUCGAGUCAUAGGUCCAAACAGAAAGAUAGAAGAAGGUGACAUUGACAAUCUUCCUUACUUGCAAUGCAUAAUCAAAGAGACCCUAAGAUUGCAUCCACCAAUCCCAUUCCUGGUACCAAGAAAAGCUGUGCAAGACACCAAAUUCAUGGGGUACUUCGUACCCAAAGAUACACAGGUUUUUGUGAAUGCUUAUGCAAUUGGAAGAGACCCAGAUGUGUGGACUAAUGAGCCUGAUUCAUUUAAGCCCGAGAGGUUCAUAGGGUCAAAAAUUGAUUAUAAAGGUCAGCAUUAUGAGUUGAUUCCCUUUGGAGCUGGGAGAAGAAUGUGUGCAGGUGUGCCAUUGGGUCAUAGAAUGUUGCACCUUACUCUGGGAUUAUUGCUUCACCAAUUCGAUUGGGCACUUGGCCGGAAUGUUACUAAAGAAUCAAUGAAUUGGAAUGACAGGCUAGGAAUCACAAUGAGAAAGUCUGAGCCACUACUAGCGGUGCCUACAAAGUGCUUGGUUUAGUUUACUCAGUAGAUUCAAUAUUUGUGAUAUGUAGCAAAAAUACUCGGUUAUAAUUUCCACUUUCGGUAUCUUGCUAUCUUGUUAAUUUCCGUCAUUCCUGUAAUUUUUUCUUGUGCUUGGGGUUGUAUAGCAGUACAAAAAGAAUUUUAUGUACAAUUUCUCUCUAUAUAUGUAA